AUGUCGACCCCGGCCAGGAGACGACUCAUGCGGGACUUCAAACGGUGCCCAGCCCGUGGAGACCCCCUCAGCCCGGAUGCCACAGGGAGCAGUGCCCGUGGAGACCCCCACAGGGAGCAGUGCCCGUGGAGACCCCCACAGGGAGCAGUGCCCGUGGAGACCCCCACAGGGAGCAGUGCCCGUGGAGACCCCCACAGGGAGCAGUGCCCGUGGAGACCCCCACAGGGAGUGAAGAAGAUGACAAAGAGCAGUGCCCGUGGAGACCCCCACAGGGAGCAGUGCCCGUGGAGACCCCCACAGGGAGCAGUGCCCGUGGAGACCCCCACAGGGAGCAGUGCCCGUGGAGACCCCCACAGGGAGCAGUGCCCGUGGAGACCCCCACAGGGAGCAGUGCCCGUGGAGACCCCCACAGGGAGCAGUGCCCGUGGAGACCCCCACAGGGAGCAGUGCCCGUGGAGACCCCCACAGGGAGCAGUGCCCGUGGAGACUCUGGGGGUCUGGGUUCGUGACAAAGGCUGUGCACAGUGUUUAUGUGCAUCAGCUGGAGACACGUACAGAUCUGAACACAGUGGCAACAAAUAUUAUUAUAAAUAUUGCUUCCUCCUCUCUCUCUCCCCUCCUCCCCCCUCCUCACCUGUGUCUCCCCCUCUCCUCCCCUCCCCUCUCCUCUCCCCUCUCCUCCCCGCUCCUCACCUGUCUCCCCUCCAUCUCCUCCUCUCUCCUCCCGCUCCUAACCUGUCUCCCUCUCCCUCUCCCCCCUCUCACCCUCCCCUCCCCCUCUCUCCCUCUCUCCCCUCCUCACCUCCCCCUUCUCCUCUCCUCCUCGCCCCUCCCGUCUCCCUCCCCCCUCACCUGUGUCUCCCCUCUCCUCUCUCCCGCUCCCUCCCCCUCACCUUUCUCCCCCUCCUCACCAGUGUCUCCCCUCUCCUCCCUCCCCUCCCUCCCUUCUCCCUCCCCCUCCUCACUGUGUCUCCCCCUCCCAUCUCCUCCUCUCCCUCCCCCUCCUCACCUGUGUCUGGGCUCCCUCUCCUCUCCCCUUCUCCCUCCCCCCUCCUCACCUGUCUCCCCCUCACCUGUCCCCGUCUCCCCCCUCCUCACCUGUGUCUCCCCCUCUCCUUCCUCCCCGUCCCUCCCCUCCUCCUGUGUCUCCCCCCUCUCCUUCCCCGCUCUCUCACCCCUCACCUGUGUCUCCCCUCCUCCGCUCCUGUCCCCCUCUCACCGUGUGUCUCCCCCUCCUCCCUCCCCUCUUCCCUCCCUCCCCCCUCCUCACCUGUCUCCCUCCUCUCCCUCCCAGCCUGCCCGUUUACCUCCCUCCUCACCUCUCCUCUCCCCGCUCUCUCCCCCUCCUCACCUGUGUCUCCCCUCUCCUCCCCCCCCCCUCUCCUCCCUGCUCCUCCAACCGCUCCUCACCCUCCCUCUCCUCCCCCCUCCUCACCUGUGUCUCCCCUCUCCUCCCCCCUCCUCACCUGUGUCUCCCCCAGGCUUCAGGAGGACCCUCCCACAGGAGUGAGUGGCGCUCCGUCUGAGAACAACAUCAUGCUGUGGAACGCUGUGAUCUUUGGUAACUGUCACUCUGUCUUCGUUGUACAGUCUGAGUCCUGGGUCCAUGGCCUCCCUUUAUCCCACUUCCGGGCGCCUCAGUCUGUGCGCCUCAGUCCGGGCGCCUCAGUCCGGGCGCCUCAGUCUGUGCGCCUCAGUCCGGGCGCCUCAGUCUGUGCGCCUCAGUCCGGGCGCCUCAGUCCGGGCGCCUCAGUCCGGGCGCCUCAGUCCGGGCGCCUCAGUCCGGGCGCCUCAGUCCGGGCGCCUCAGUCCGUGCGCCUCAGUCCGGGCGCCUCAGUCUGUGCGCCUCAGUCCGGGCGCCUCAGUCCGGGCGCCUCAGUCCGGGCGCCUCAGUCCGGGCGCCUCAGUCCGGGCGCCUCAGUCCGGGCGCCUCAGUCCGUGCGCCUCAGUCCGGGCGCCUCAGUCCUGUGCGCCUCAGUCCGGGCGCCUCAGUCCGGGCGCCUCAGUCCGGGCGCCUCAGUCCGGGCGCCUCAGUCGUCGGCCGCCUCAGUCCCGGGCGUCUCUGCCCGUGCCUCAGUCCGGGCGCCUCAGUUCGGGCGUCUCUGUCGUGCCUCAGUCCGGGCGCCUCAGUCCGUGCGCCUCAGUCCGGGCGCCUCAGUCGUGCCUCAGUCCGGGCGCCUCAGUCCGGGCGCCUCAGUCCGGGCGCCUCAGUCCGGGCGCCUCAGUCCGGCGCCUCAGUCCGGGCGCUGCUGCAGUCCGGGCGCCUCAGUCCGGGCGCCUCAGUCCGUGCGCCUCAGUCCGGGCGCCUCAGUCCGGGCGCUCAGUCCGGGCGUCUCUGUCCGUGCGCCUCAGUCCGGGCGCCUCAGUCCGGGCGUUCGUCAGUCCGUGCGCCUCAGUCCGGGCGUCUCUGUUGUGCAGUCCGGGCGUCUCAGUCCGGGGGUCUCUGUCCGUGCAGUCCGGGCGCCUCAGUCCGGGCGCCUCAGUUUGGGCGUCUCUGUCGUGCAGUCCGGGCGCCUCAGUUCGGGCGUCUCUGUCGUGCAGUCCGGGCGCCUCAGUCCGGGCGCCUCAGUCCGGGCGCCUCAGUCCGGGCGCCUCAGUCCGGGCGUCUCUGCCGUGCAGUCCGUGCGCCUCAGUCUGUGCGCCUCAGUCGGGGUCUCUGCCCGUGCAGUCCGUGCGCCUCAGUUCAGGGCGUCUCUGCCGUGCAGUCCGUGCGCCUCAGUCCGGGCGCCUCAGUCCGGGCGUCUCUGCCUGCAGUCCGGGCGUCUCUGUCCGGGGGUCUCUGCCGUGCAGUCCGGGCGCCUCAGUCCGGGGGUCUCUGCCGUGCAGUCCGGGCGCCUCAGUCCGGGGGUCUCUGCCGUGCAGUCCGGGCGUCUCAGUCCGGGGGUCUCUGCCGUGCAGUCCAGGGCGUCUCAGUCCGGGGGUCGCUCUGCCGUGCAGUCCGGGCGUCUCAGUCCGGGGGUCUCUGCCGUGCAGUCCGGGCGCCUCAGUCCGGGCGCCUCAGUUCGGGCGUCUCUGUCGUGCAGUCCGGGCGUCUCAGUCCGGGGGUCUCUGCCGUGCAGUCGGGCGCCUCAGUCCGUGCGCCUCAGUCCGGGCGUCUCUGUCGUGCAGUCCGGGCGCCUCAGUCCGGGCGCCUCAGUCCGGGCGCCUCAGUCCGGGCGUCUCUGUUGUGCAGUCCGGGCGUCUCAGUCCGGGGGUCUCUGCCGUGCAGUCCGGGCGCCUCAACCUGUGGGGACACCGUUUGAAGACGGAACCUUUAAGCUGCUGAUAGAGUUUUCAGAGGAGUAUCCAAACAAACCUCCCACGGUGCGCUUCGUGUCCCGGAUGUUUCACCCCAACGUGUACGCAGAUGGCAGCAUAUGUUUAGACAUCCUUCAGAAUCGCUGGAGUCCAACGUACGACGUGUCCUCAAUCCUCACCUCCAUCCAGUCUCUCCUGGAUGAGCCGAACCCCAAUAGUCCAGCGAACAGCCAGGCGGCGCAGUUGUACCAGGAAAACAAACGCGAGUACGAGAAGCGAGUGACGGCCAUCGUGGAGCAGAGCUGGGUGGACGUGUAG